AUGUUCGUUUUCGUCGUCUGCCGUUUUCUGCUGUUAUACCUGAGCGUCUACGGCGUCCUGGGAGUCGACCACCCCUUCGUAGCUGAGGCAUCAGCACGCACGAACAAUGACUCGCUGAUGAAAGACUCAACGGUACCAGGUGCCAUUCCGACAGUGCUACAGAGAGUGAUUACCGUCAAAGUAUAUCCGCCGAAAAAGGACACGCUCGACUCGGCCGAUGCCACGGUCGCAAGCCAGCAAAUUCCUGGAAACAAAUUCCAGGCUGAACACAGCGCCGCCAUCACAACGAAGAGUAACAAGGACAACCAGUCCAGACCUAUAGAUUACGUGUCACUAUGCUAUGGUGGCAUGCCGUACGUCAUCAGCAAUAGGGUUCUCGGCUGUACGGCUGAAGGUCAAUGUCCUAACGGAUAUUGGUGUCACAUUGGAUCAACCAGAGCGAUGACGUACUGUUGCUCGAGCAGCAACGCUGAGGCUAUGAGGACAUCGACUAACAGUCAGUGCGAUUCAGUAGUCAGCGAGGGCGAGGGAAUCGGAAAUUACGUGCGCUGGGGUUAUGAUCAAGGAAACGACGACUGUUAUGAGUUUAUGUUCCGCGGCCAAGAGGGCAACGGCAACAACUUUGCAUCAAAGGAAGAAUGCACCGAAUCGUGCGUGAAAAUAAGAAAGGGCUGCGACGGAAAGAUUCCGUUGGACGAGGUAGAGCAAUGCGGUUCAGAGAACAACUUCCAGUGCCGAGAAGGAUUCAUAUGCCAAUUCAACGACUACGCUUCUUUUCACUGUUGCCCGCCAAAUACAUGGCGGCAUCAACAAGUCAAACAGUCAGCGACAACGAUGCCCGAGAGGUACUGCGAUGAAAACAUCCCUUCGAAGGAAGUGAAAUAUUGCAAUGCAAGCAACGGUUUCACUUGCCCAGAAGGAUAUCAAUGCGUUCUAGCGGUUGGAAACACAGAUUCGCCGUGCUGUCCUGUGAAAGAAAAAGAAAUUUCGAGAAACCGUUCGCUAACAAUUCGACGCUUCUGCAACGGCACCAUAGGCAUCUCUGACGUGCGCUUCUGCACCGAACAGAACCACUACCUGUGCCCGAGUGGGUUCGUCUGCGAGUACGCGAGCAAUCAAAGCCAACUUGUGUGCUGUCCUGGCGGUAAGCAAGUCAAAUGGCACCGGAAGUCGAUGGUCGUCGAUCGAACUGGUUUACAAACGGUCCCAACGCUAUGUGCGCAACCCGUUCAUCCUGGUAACGGAAACGACGUUCUGCAGCGGUGGUACUUCGACUCUACACUGACACGGUGCAAGAACUUUUUGUACCUUGGAUCAGGCGGAAACUCGAACAACUUCGUAACCCUCGAACAGUGCGAACGAACAUGUGGCGCGAAUGCGGAUUCGGCUUCUGAAAACAGCCCCUGUAAAGAAGAACGUCUUUCAGGCCUGAUCGGCUCCCUCACUAGAAUCGCCUGCUCAUCAGAGUCGCCCGAGAACCUAUGUCCGGCGAACUUUUACUGCCACGUUGGAAAAACCAUAGCCACUACAAUAUGCUGUCCAAAAACUACGGAAAUUGACAACCCAUGCCCGAUAGGUAGUCCUGCCUAUGAUUAUAAUUCUCAGGAAGUGCUUCACUGCAGCACCAUCAAUCCAAGGUGUCCACCAGAGAACUGGUGCCACUAUGGAUCGAAACGAGAGACAACAGUGUGCUGCCCUUCAGCUGCUACUGAUCCGUGUCUCAUACCAAAACUCGAGGGUACAGGCGCGGAGGUUCUGCAACGGUAUUAUUUUGACACUCGUUCGAGAGUGUGCAAACUAAUGAUCUACACCGGCAGAGGUGGCAAUCAGAAUAACUUUCUACACGUCGAGGACUGCGAAGUCGCUUGUCCAGUCAUUCACAACCCGUGUCCUUACGAAUUGCCUGCCAUGAAAACCGUCGAUGAACCGAUCUUCUGUAGUAACUCGAACCGCAACAUCUGCCCUCCAAAAUACUGGUGUCACUUCGGGGCAACUUUCGAACAGAGCCUUUGCUGCCUAGGGACGGAGGCGGAUCGUUGUCGUCUGCCGGCCGCUCAAGGAAACGGAAAGGCGGUACUACCUAGGUUUUACUUCAAUGCCGACAUGAAAAAAUGCGUCCACUUCAUGUACUCCGGAACGAAAGGAAACCAGAACAAUUUUCUGACGUUGGAGGACUGCCGAAGUGCAUGCCACGAAUUCCGAAAUCCAUGCAGAACCGGCAAUCCACACGUCGGACUGAAUGGUCGCCUCACGCAUUGCGGUUCCACUUCGCCUUCUAUCUGUCCGGUCACCUACUGGUGCCAUAUCGGUGCCACUCUCGAAAGCUCAGUUUGCUGCCCGGAGGGGUCCGCAGCCUUGGACGGUUCUGGUAAACGAAUCUCCUGCAGCGUAUCCGGUGUGCAGAAGUGUCCAAAAGACUACUGGUGUCAUAUUGGGGCUACGGAGGAUACUACGGUUUGCUGCCCCUUCGGUAAGGAGCGUCGAGGGACGGAAGUACAGUCUAACUUUGGUGUUGUGUUUCAAGAGAAGGAUUUGGAACGCCCCAAAAGUCGAAGAAGAUACACAACCGUGAAAUUAACUGACGAUGGCAAACUACGAUCUUCGCAUCAGAUCUGCUCACUUCCGCUGGCUAUCGGAGACGGGGACUUUACAAUUUCUCGCACCUAUUAUAACCAGCUUACGAAGCAGUGCGUAAAGUUCGUGUAUUCCGGAGCAGGAGGAAACGCAAACAAUUUCCUUAGCAAAACGGACUGUGAAAAUGCGUGUCCAGUGUUUCAAAAUCCGUGUGCACUGGGUGAACCAGCAUUGGGCGAUGAUGGUUUACUCAUUCUGUGCACUUCGAGUACGAAGAGCGUUUGUCCCAAAACGUUUUGGUGCCAUUUUGGAGAUUUGGCGGAAAUAUCCGUCUGCUGUCCUGGAGAUGAAAAUCCUUGCAUUAUGCCUAAAGAAAAGGGACACGGACAACUGCAACUAGCCAGAUGGUACUUCGACUUUCCAACGCGACGCUGUUCCCUGUUUUCAUAUUCUGGAGCUGGAGGCAACACCAACAAUUUCCUUACCGAACAAGAGUGUAAGACGCUGUGUCCAGAAUUUGAGAAUCCGUGUCCCGGUUCCGAUUCGCUCUUCGCGAGGGAUACAGAAAUCGUCUUUUGCAAUCCUACGACACGUCAAUGUCCCAUGGGGCUUUGGUGUCACGUCGGGAAGGAUACCGAAAGCACAAUAUGCUGUCCUGGAGCUUCUGAGCCAUGCCUGCAACCGCUGGUUGCUGGUGAGGGUAACGACGGGCAAAAGCGAUGGUACUUCAAUCAGAACUACAGAUCAUGUAUCGAGUUCGAAUAUAACGGCAGACAUGGUAACCAGAACAACUUCCUGUCCGAAGUCGAGUGUGCUGCAAAGUGCCCAGUUCAUCGUAAUCCAUGCACAAAAAUUAUCACUCAAUUUUCUACAACUUACUGCUCUGCUCAGAAACGUGAUGUAUGCCCUCCAGGAUCAUGGUGCCACAUUGGGGCAGACGACGAAACAACCGUCUGCUGCCCAGAAGAUGGCGACACAUGCGAGCUACCAGUUUCUAACGGAGAAGGCAACGCGACUUUGCUUAGGUGGUAUUACGACAAGAUUAACCAAAAGUGUCAUAAAUUUUUUUACGCGGGUGAGAAAGGAAACUCGAACAGUUUUGUCACAGAGACCGAGUGCAAUGAGGAAUGUUCCGAACUUGUAAAUCCGUGUGGCUUUGGAGAGCCAUACGUAGAAGGAAUUAGUGGCUCUCGUCGUCACUGCGAAUGGCCACAGGUGCAUGUCUGCCCAAAGGGCUACUGGUGUCAUGUCGGUGACAGCCAUCGAAGCAGCGUCUGCUGUCCAGCAUUAGUCGGCGAUCCCUGUGCUCAAAAACUGAACCAUGGAGCGGGACAUGCUAACUUGAGUCGUUGGCACUUCGACGCGUUUGGCCAACGAUGCAAGUUAUUCAGUUACGGCGGCUUCGCUGGCAACCAGAAUAACUUUCUCUCUGAAGACGAAUGUGUGCAGAAAUGUAAUGGUAUGCGCUCAGUCAAAGAAGGUGCAAGAACAACGGACGUCGUUCAUUCAAAUCCUAUUGAAAACGCCAUUGCAUGGUGUGUUCAUGGCAGGCCGGCUCUGACGCCGUUCGGUGAACUCCUCGCGUGUAACCCAGACGAAUUCAUGGACGAUUGCCCAAAAACCUAUUACUGCAGUCGAGGGUACGGCGUGAGAGCGCAUUGCUGUCCAACUGCAGUGUUUUCAGGAUAUUUCUGCUCCCUCAAAAUCGACAGUGGACUUUUCAACUGUCCUCCAGACUUUAGGGGCCAAUCAAGCAUACGGUAUGCAUAUGAUGCUCAAGAAAACGAUUGCGUUCCGCUGAUGUACAGCGGCUGUGGGGGAAACUUGAACAAUUUUUCUUCCAAGAAAGAAUGUUUGCAGUUUUGUGCAAAAAGCAAUUAA